ACAGCUUUCAGUCAACGCGCGUUCGUUGUCGGGUUCAGACGUAGGUACUUCGUGAUACAUUUCCGUUCUUGUAAACGUUCGGAUACGCGACAAAUACUCUUAUGAGUAUUCCUUAUCUAAAAGGGAUACUCGGUUUUUGACAAGUUCUUAUUGCGAGUUAAAAAGUGACUUCAACGAUGUUUCUUCGAAAAUGUUAAAAUAAAACUCGCCGUGUUACCAAUGAGUUUUCACAAUGGUUGGGGAACAAAUUCAAUCAUAGGAUGGUCGAGCUCAGUAGCUUUGAUGAAAUUUGUGGACGGGCUCGUUGUAAAAAUUUAUAGGACGACUUCGUCGUAAAGCUGGAAAAUAUAGCACGAUGCCGAGCCAGUUUUUCAAAAGUUCUCUUGAUACGACAUCGUAACGUAACCGAUAGUGGAUUUUUAGCUGAAAAACGGUCUUGAGUGUCGCCCAACGAUUUCGAAAUGAAGCGACGGAGUGCAAACAUCAUUCCAUCCCACUGUGAAUCACAAGGAUCCUCCGGGAAAUCUUCUCCUUCCACUUGGCCCAUGUAUAGUUUGGUCAGCACCGUGGCCAUCGCGUGUUACCUUAACGGUUUGAAUGGCGACUUCGUCCACGACGAUAUUCCAGCUGUGACUAUGAACAAGGACGUCCUCGCCUUGAAUCCCAUCGGACAAGUCUUCAAGAAUGACUUCUGGGGAACGCCCAUGGCUGAUAUUUCUAGUCACAAAUCCUAUCGACCUUUAACUACACUCACAUUUAGGGCCAACUACCUAUGUUUCGGGUUGCAACCCGUUUGGUUCCACGUGACCAACGUCGCCUUGCAUCUAGUUGCUUGUGUCCUCUUCACGAAGGUGUGCAGUUCCGUAGCGGGUUUAAAGCCGCCCUUUGCCACCCUCGGGGGUCUCCUUUUCGCCGCUCAUCCUGUGCACACGGAAGCGGUUACCGGGAUUGUCGGCCGAGCGGAUGUUCUAGCCUGCAUAUUCUUCUUGGUAUCCUUCCUGGCUUACCACGGGCGAUACGAUGGAAGGUGCUACAUUUGGACCAGCGUAAUUCUAGGAGGUUUGAGCAUGCUUGCAAAAGAAACCGGGAUAACUGUGUUCUUUGUCAACAUAGCUUACGAUUUGUACAAGAAUUGGCCUAAUUUGAGGAGAACUGUUACGGAAGUGAGAUGGAGUAAAGAAACGCAAUUGUUCGUCAAGAGGGCGUGCAAAAUGGUGACGUCGUUUGGAUUACUAAUCAUAAUACGGCUCUCACUCCUUCAAGGUUCCUUUCCCAAGUUUUCAGAACAGGAUAAUCCGGCGGCUUUCCAUCCAUCACUUUAUGUUAGGAUAUUAACGUUUUGUUAUCUGGCGGCUUUCAAUUGGUGGCUACUUUUAUGUCCGGCUACGUUAUCACAUGAUUGGCAAAUGGGGUCUAUACCAUUAGUGACGUCCUUAACUGACUCAAGAAAUAUUGUGACGUUUCUUUUCUUGGGGGUAGCACUUCUUUUGGCGACUCGUUCCCUCAUCGAUUUUGAGGUGCAAAGGCACGUGCCAUUGGUUCUGGGAUGUCUCUUGCUCAUCGUUCCUUUCAUGCCAGCGACCAAUUUGGUGGUAACGGUGGGCUUCGUGGUCGCAGAAAGAGUCCUCUAUAUACCGAGCACCGGCUGCAUCUUGCUCACCGCCUACGGACUCCAAUUGAUGUGGAAUGCGUACAAUAAGUACCGUCAAGUGAUACAAUGCCUCAUUGUGUUGCUGUUAACAACGAGCUGCCUUCGCGUCGUCAUCAGGAACAAGGACUGGAGAUCUCGAGAGUCCCUUUUGAGAGCCGGACUUGCUACACUGCCUCACAAUGCCAAAAUGCAUUAUAACUUUGGAAAUUUUCUUCGAGAUUCUGAUAUGCAUGAAUUAGCCAAAACCCAUUAUAGGGCUGCAUUAACGUUAUGGCCGACUUAUGCUAGUGCUCAUAACAAUUUAGGAACUUUAAUUGAAAGAACUGAAGAAGCUGAGCAACAUUUUUUGUUAGCUAUAAGAUAUUCAUCGAAACACGUCAAUGCUCAUUAUAAUUUGGGACAACUAUACAGAAAAUCUAAUAGAUCAUAUGAAUCGGAGGCUAUGUUAAAGAAAUGUAUUCUUUUGGAUCCUAAAUUUACAGCAGCUUAUAUUGAGUUAGCACGACUUUGUGGGCCAAAUGAUCCUGGUGUUGGGACGUUACUAAAAAGAGUUGUGCAGAUAAAUCCGAACGAUCCAAAGUACAAAACGAUGUAUGCUCAUUGGCAUCUAGGAAAAAGGAAUAGAAUUCAAGCUUUGAAGUAUUACUGGAAAGCUUUGGCUGUUUCACCAACGUACACUGAAGCUAUGAUGGGAGCAGCGCGAGUUUUAAGGAAAUUUGGUGAUUAUGGAAGACUAUUUCAGUUGGUUACAAGGUGGCAAAUAGUUCAAAGAGUUUCCAAAGGCCAAACAAUAUCAAGACCUCACCUCUACCUUUACGAGUGGCAACUAAAAAAUGAAUUGAGUAAUAAAGCCAAAGCGUACGAUAAUUGUCCACAAUCUUGUAUUAAACCGACUUAUAUUAGUAAAUGGAAUAAUAUUUCGUGUAAUAGGACUAAACAUAGAUAUUUUCCAAUUAGUAGACAGUGUAGAUUGAUCAAGAGGAUUCAAAAGUACAGAUCGACCACUCCAUUCAUGCUGCAUCACAUAUUGGAUACAGUUUAGUAAGUGAUAUCACCAAGAAAAAGGAGAAAUAUCAGUAUUAUAGACGAUCAUGUGCAAUACAAUGUAAGCUGGAGGAACAAAUAACAGAUACAUCAAGGAAUUGAUGAACUUUUACCGUUGUUUAUAGAUUCUUAUAUGAUCUAAAUGGAUUGAAAUGAAAACAAAAAAUAAAUGGAAUAUAUGAGAAAUUGAACAAAAAGUGUCUAUAAACAAUGCUUCUACGUUUUGAGCUCUCAAAACAGGGUGAACGGAAAUGUAAAUAACCGUUUUAAAAGUAUUUUUCUAUUGUACAAGAAAUUAAACAAUGCGUUAACGUAAACUGUUUGUAACAAAGGGAGUUGGUUUGCUUAAGCAUGCGCUAAAAUGAAUCAGUUCAGGUCUAUGUAUUGAAUCCAGAUGAAAUUGUGAUAUAAUAAGUUAAAAAAUAUGAUGAUGUAGACUUGUAAAUAACGUAUUAUUAGCUGUAAAGAAAUCUCCCUCUUAUUAUUUUAUUACUAUAAUUUAUUUAGAUAAUGAUAAUAAGAACAAAAAAUAAAUAAACUAAGGGAACUGUAAAGAACUCAAUACAGGUGAAAGAUCAACGAACCAAAGAACCAGUUGGCUCGAAAACUUACUUAUUUUAUUAUAUCCUAGUACCUAUUGUAUGAGGCAGUAUUAUUAUAAAAAGGCAUUUUUAAGAGUAUAACGUAAGUAGCUUCUACCACAAUUAUUAAAAAUAAUAAAAAAAACAAAGUAGAAUAAGGUGAAAACAAUAAUACCUGUUUAAUAUUUCAUUUCUUUUUUUGUUAGAAGUAGAAAAGGGGUUGUUUUCGAGAGGUAAAAAUAAUUUGGAGGGGCCAGUUAAAAAUACUUUGUAUACCAUGUAGCAUGUACGAUUCGUUAGAGUUGGGGCGUUUUCGUUUUUACUCUCGGUACAUAAACAAAAUAAUAUAAUGUAUAGUUUUUUGAUAAUAACUAAUAAAAGCGAUUUUCAAGAAAACUUUAUUAUACUUUAUUAAAAGCACUGUCUGUUUUUGCUUACGCAAAUCAACCCGCAUAAUUCAACCUUAGUCUCAUAGAUGGCCCCUCGCAAACGAAUUUCGUUUACACACCAAGUAGCCAAAUACAACCCUAAAGAACUCAAUCCAAUCACAAAGGUAGCCAACCAACGUAACCUAAUCAAAACCAAUUGCAAUGCGUGCUAUCACAAUCACAAAGGAACUCAAUUACUAAAUAACCCGACUCUAAUGCAAUUCCAACUCAAAGGAGAGCAAUAAAACUACAAAGUAACUCAACCACAAAGUUAUCUAAUUCCAAAAAUAUAUUUUAUUACUAAAAAUAUUCAAAAAUGUGUAAAUCCACUCCUGCACAAGAAGUAAUUUACGAAAUAAUUAGCAAUUACCUUUAA